AUGGGAUUCUCCCCUUCAUUUAUCUCAGAAGCAGUUGGCUUCAGUGGAGGGAUUUGGGUCAUGACCCGUUCUAAUGCCAACCUCUCUGUACGGCUCCUUCAGCUACAUACCCAGGUGAUCACCUUUGAAAUUUGGAGGGAUACUUUAUCUUGGGCUUGUAGCGCUGUAUAUGCCUCUCCUGUACCAGCCCAACGUGAAGUGCUUUGGCAACAUCUCACCCAUAUUCGUAACUCAAUCAAUAUUCCUUGGCUAUUGGUUAGAGAUAUGAAUGAAAUCCUCCUACCAUCUGAGGUUAGAGGAGGGGAAUUCAUCCCUAGUAGAGCUCAGAGAUUUGCAGCAGUCCUGGAGAGCUCGCUAGAAACCAAGGAACUAGCGGGAAUCGCACUUUUAAAUUCUUGGCAGCAUGGGCAUCCUUCCUACCAGCGCGUUGUGGAAUUGGCCUGGCAACGUGGGGAGGACAACAUCAUGUCCAAGUUAGAAUGUGUAAGGCAGGACUCGGAAACAUUUAAUAAGGAAACUUUUGGGGAUAUACUUCGUCGAAAGAGGUGGGUUGAAGGAAGAUUGCGUGGAGUACAGAGGGAACUCAAUACCAUGCUCACCUCGGCCUUGACUCAGUUGGAGGCUCAACUUCAAGGUGAAUAUAGGCAUCUACUCAAACAAGAGGAGCUACUUUGGUUUCAGCGUGCUAGAGGUAAUAAUGUCCGAUUUGGUGACCGCAACACAGCAUACUUUCAUGCCCAUGUAGUGAUCCGCAAAAAAAGAAACAAAAUACAUCGUCUAAAACUAGCGGAUGGUGAGUGGUGCUCUGACCAAGACAGAUUAGCAACUGAAGUUCAAAGCCAUUUCCAAAGCCUGUUCGCGGCUGGUCCAACCAGGUCGGAGAGCAAUUUUGAUCAUGCAAGUAUGCCUCAAGUGACAACGGCAGAACAAAGGCGUCUAUCACAACCCGCAAUCAAAGAAGAGGUUAGACGUGCACUAAUGACCAUGGAUUCUUACACAGCUCCUGGUAUUGAUGGCUUCCAACCGUAUUUCUUUAAAAAAUAUUGGGAUAUUGUUAGUGACUUUGUGUGGAAGAUGGUAGCGGAGGCUUUUGAGAAAGGGACAGUUCCAGACCACUUGUUGGAGACCCUAGUUGUUCUAAUUCCUAAAGUUGACAGCCCAUCCACGGUAAAAGAACUACGACCUAUCAGUUUAUGCAAAGUCACUUACAAACUCCUGACCAAAGUCAUUGUUACUAGAAUGAGGUCUAUUAUGUCCAGAAUCAUUGGCCCCAUGCAGAAUAGCUUCCUUCCAGGUCGCGGAACCAUGGACAACGCAUUCUUGGCUCAAGAGAUUAUCCAUCAUAUGAACACAUCCAAGGCACGUAAGGGGAGCUUAGCAUUCAAAAUUGAUUUGGAAAAAGCAUACGAUAGCAUCUCUUGGGAUUUCCUAGAGGAGACUUUGCAUUUAUUCGGGUUCCCGUAUAAACUAGUAGAUCUCAUCAUGUAUUGUGUUCGUGGCAUCAAACUGAAUCUGCUUUGGAAUGGAUCCAGGCUACCAGCUUUUCAUCCAGGGCGAGGACUUCGCCAAGGCGAUCCGCUUUCGCCAUACUUAUUUGUCCUUUGUAUGGAGAGACUAUCUAUCAAAAUUCAUCAAUUGGUAGAUCGUGGUGAUUGGAAACCACUUCAGCUAUCUCCCAAUGGCCCCCCGGUGUCCCACUUAUUUUUUGCUGACGAUGUUUUGCUUUUUUGCCAGGCUUCAUCUAACCAAGUACAGUUGGUGGCUAACACUCUCCAAGGAUUCUGUGAUAAUUCAGGAUUGAAAAUUAACAUGGCCAAGUCCAAGGCACUUUCCUCGAAGCGAGUCCCUGCCAUCAUCCGCGAUCAGAUCCGUAGUAUUGCUCCUAUCCCCUUUGUCCAUGACCUUGGACAAUACUUGGGGUUUCCUUUGUCAGGGGGAAGACAUAACAAGAAUCGAUUUCACUAUCUGAUUGAAAAUAUUAAUCGGAAGUUAGCUUCCUGGAAGACCAAUCUCCUCAACUUGGCGGGCAGGGUGUGCCUUGCAAAAGCAGUAAUUUCGUCGAUUCCCACAUACACCAUGCAGGUGUUUUGGCUUCCCAGAAAUAUCAUUGACAGUAUUAACCAAACCAUGAGACGGUUUAUUUGGUCGAGAGGAAAUGGCCACAGGGGUUGGCACUUGGUCAAAUGGAGUACGGUUACGCAAGACAAGGAAACUGGAGGACUCGGGGUAAAAGACAUGGCGGACCAUAACACUGCUCUCCUUGGCAAAGCAGUGUGGAACCUCCUGCAGAAUUCAAACAAGCUGUGGGUUCAAACGUUCACACAUAAGUACUUGCAAGGCCAUUCAAUUUUAAGUGUUCCUGCUCGUCAUAAUGCCUCUCCAAUCUGGAAGGGAAUUAUUAAGGCAAGAGAUCAAUUACAUAAUGGAUUCAAAUACAGACUGGGGGAUGGAAAAACCUCAAUGUGGUACACAGAUUGGACUGGGCAAGGGAAAAUUGUUGAUCGCCUCCCCUUUGUACACAUUUCCGAUACAAACAUCUGUUUACAGGAUUUAAUUCAUAACCAGAACUGGAAUUUCAACCGCAUAAUGACCAUGCUGCCAGAGGAUGUGGAGAAUAGCUUUACUAAGAUUGUGCCGCAGCUGGCUCCAGACAGACCAGACAUGUGGACUUGGAACUGCUCUGAUGCAGGGAUAUACUCAGUCCGAGAGGGAUAUCAGUGGCUUCAAGAGCAGAAAUUGAUACAGGUUGCUGGGGAAAGGUGGAACUGGAUUUGGAAGCUUAAAAUUCCAGAAAAGGUUCGAAUUUUUACCUGGUUAUGUCUCCAUGAUGCUCUUCCGGUUAACUCAAACCGUGUGAAAUGCCACCUAGCAACGUCGGCAGCGUGCGAUCGAUGCUCGGCGCCUCGAGAGGAUAUUAUUCAUAGCUUGAGGGAGUGCCCUCAUUCCCGAGAAAUAUGGGGUAGAUUGGGUGUGUGGAGCUGGCCUAAUUUCUGGAACCUAGACCUUGUGGAAUGGAUUCAUUUCCAUGGACGUAUUAGUCAUGCAAUCCGAUUUCUAGCUGGAAUUUGGGGGAUAUGGAAAUGGCGGUGUAAUAUGGUCUUGGAUGAUCGACCCUGGCCCCUGGAAAUUGCUUGGAGAAAACUGCAACAUGACCAUGAUGAUUUUAUUCGCUUCCUGCAACAUGACAUGUUUGAGAAUGGCCAGGGGAUGCUUCAUAAAGGUUGGAGACCACCCCAAACUGGGUUUCUAAAACUCAACACUGAUGGGAGUUACCUACCAGAGACUGCUAGAAUGGGAGGAGGAGGGCUACUCCGUGAUUCGGCUGGGAAAUGGGUACAAGGGUUCAUUUCAGCAGGGGUUGAUGGAAGUGCUUUCUUAGCAGAUGGCCUCAAACUAGCUUGGAACAAUGGUGUGCGACAGAUACAAUGUGAAUCUGAUUGUCGUGAACUUGUCUCGUGUGUUCAAGAUCAGACCAGGUCCAUGGCUCAUAUACAUGGAAUGAUUUUGCAGGAAAUUCGUGAGCUACUUAGUAGAGAUUGGCGAAUUGAACUAUCCUGGUGCAAUAGGGAAAGUAAUGAUGCAGCUAUUGGCUUGCAAAGUGUGGAUCCACAUUACUUCUACCAGAACAUAAGAUGGUGGAGAUUCCUCCCCCAGAACUGGAAGUCCUUCUACUGA